AACUUUUUCUCUGUUACACUGUGUGUGUGGUUGUGGGCCAGGUUGGACGACAUCCAGUGGGCAAAAAUGUCGCAGUACUCUGGAAAGAUUACCUUCUAUGAGGGGAAGUGCUUCACCGGCAGGAAGCUGGAGGUCAGAGGUGACUGUGAUAACUUCCAGGACCGCGGCUUCAUGAACAGGGUGAACUCCAUCCGUGUGGAGAGCGGAGCCUGGAUCUGCUACGACCAUCCCGACUUCAAGGGCCAGCAGUACAUCCUGGAGCACGGCGAGUACCCAGAAUUCCAGAGGUGGAAUUCCCACAAUGACCACAUGGGAUCCUGCAAGCCCAUCCGCAUGCAUGGAGAGCACUACCGCAUCGAGAUGUUCGAGGGCUGUAACUUCUCCGGUCAGUGCGUGGAGAUCUGCGACGACUGUCCAUUCCUGCAGAGCCGCGGCUUCUCCAAGAACUGCAUCAACUCCGUCAAGGUCUACGGAGACGGAGCCUGGGUGAUGUACGAGGAGCCCAACUUCCGCGGCCGCAUGUACAUCGUGGAGCGUGGAGACUACUGCAGCCAUAACGAGUGGCAAGCCCAGAACCCCAACAUCCAGUCCAUCCGCAGAGUCGUCAACUACUUCUAAACCCUGACCUCUGACCCCUCACCCACCCUCACCUGUGACCUCUCCCAUCCAUGUCAACAUGUACCAUAAAUAAACCAAGACUUAAAUAAGAAAACUGA